AUGUGGUUUUUCUUUUUCCUCUCAUUCCCCCUGAUUUCUUGCGAAUUUUCGGCGAGUUUCAAUCGAUUUCUGGAUCAAAAAUACGGUCAUCAUAUCGACGAAUUGCUCGCGAGACGAGAUUUGGGCGGUGGUGGAAGUUAUGGUGGUGGGAAACAUGACGGCAACUCGCGAACCCGUAAGCAAGCCGUCAUUUUGGUGCACGGGAUCACGAAUACGGCCGGCACUUUUGGUGGGCAUAGGCAGCAUUUGUUGAAUGUUGGAUGGGGUGAUGAAUUGGUGUAUGGGACGAGUUAUGGAGAUGGGGGAAAGACACCGAUGCCGUUGGUUGAUAUGAAGUGUCAAUAUGUUAAGCAGGUUGGGGUGGUUUUUGUGAAUUCGAGUAGACUGAACACGAUUCUAAAGUCAGAAAUUGCUAUAUCUGUCAUUUUGAGCAAUUUUGGAGCUGAAGAGAGCUCCACAAGUGCUCAAAAUGACAGAUAUAGCAAUUUCUGACUUCAGAAUCGUUUUCAGCUUAUUUAUUUCAUGGAAAACGUUGAAACAGUCAAUCGGGCCGAUUUUUUCACUGUUUUUCAAAAAAUCGGCCCGAUUUUUUCACUGUUUUUCAAAAAAAUCGGGCCGAUUUUUUCACUGUUUUUCAAAAAAUCGGCCCGAUUUUUUCACUGUUUUUCAAAAAAUCGCCCCGAUUUUUUCACUGUUUUUCAAAAAAUCGGGCCGAUUUUUUCACUGUUUUUCAAAAAAUCGGCCCGAUUUUUUCACUGUUUUUCAAAAAAUCGGGCCGAUUUUUUCACUGUUUUUCAAAAAAUCGGGCCGAUUUUUUCACUGUUUUUCAAAAAAUCGGCCCGAUUUUUUCACUGUUUUUCAAAAAAUCGGGCCGAUUUUUUCACUGUUUUUCAAAAAAUCGGGCCGAUUUUUUCACUGUUUUUCAAAAAAUCGGCCCGAUUUUUUCACUGUUUUUCAAAAAAUCGGGCCGAUUUUUUCACUGUUUUUCAAAAAAUCGGCCCGAUUUUUUCACUGUUUUUCAAAAAAUCGGGCCGAUUUUUUCACUGUUUUUCAAAAAAUCGGGCCGAUUUUUUCACUGUUUUUCAAAAAAUCGGGCCGAUUUUUUCACUGUUUUUCAAAAAAUCGGGCCGAUUUUUUCACUGUUUUUCAAAAAAUCGGGCCGAUUUUUUCACUGUUUUUCAAAAAAUCGGGCCGAUUUUUUCACUGUUUUUCAAAAAAUCGGGCCGAUUUUUUCACUGUUUUUCAAAAAAUCGGGCCGAUUUUUUCACUGUUUUUCAAAAAAUCGGGCCGAUUUUCCCGAGCGAGCGUAAAGUCACCAACCAUUUGAUUAGAGCGCUAAAAAUCAAUUAGCCUCAGGUUCCUAAGGUCCCUAAGGUCCCUAAGAACUCCCCUAACACGAUUUCCUUAAGGUCCGCUACAUGAUUCAAGUCGUAGCCGCAUUCACCCGCCGAAAAGUCGAUGUAAUCGGAUACUCCUUGGGUUCCCCAAUUUCCCGGAAAGCCAUUCUAGGUGGAGCCUGCGUGGAUACUGGAGAGCAAUUGGGACCAGCUCUAACACCAUUGAUCGACACUUUUGUAUCUGUGGCUGGUGAGUUAGCGAAAAUGCCACGUCAUAGGUCGCGUGCGGCUGUGCGUCGCGGUUGUUGUCCCUCGACCGCGACGCACAGCCGCACGCAACUGACGAACCAACGUUUUUACAGGCGCAAAUCGCGGCUCAUUCCUAUGUGCUCUUCCAUUUCCCGGUGCCUGCAAUAUGAUAAACGGUUUAUCGUGCAACUCGCGCUUCAUUCAAGACAUCAAUUCACGUCAAAAAUACGAGGCAAAGUACAUUUUUUCGAUUUACGGUCAAUCCGAUGAUAAAGUGGGCUAUAAGAAUGCGUGCGGACAAUUGACGUCGAAAAUCGACGGAUCGAAUGCCGAAUUCCAGAAACCCGGAAAUCAUGAUGAUAUUAUUGUGAAGACCGCGCAAAUGCAAUUUAAUUUAAUCGAUAAACAUUCGCCUUAA